AGAUUUCAUUUAAAGAAGGAAAUAAAGUGGUGAGUGAGUAAGCAGAGAGCAGAGACAUAAACGUUAGAAUUGAAGAUGGCAAAGCCAGUUCAAAUUGAAGUGUGGAAUCCAAAUGGGAAAUACAGAGUUGUCAGCACAAAAUCUAUGCCGGGAACUAGAUGGAUUAAUCUUCUAAUUGAACAAGAUUGUCGUCUCGAAAUAUGCACUGAGAAGAAAACUAUUCUAUCGGUUGAAGACAUUCUUGCUCUUAUUGGAGAUAGGUGCGAUGGAGUCAUUGGACAGUUGACAGAGGAUUGGGGAGAAACACUAUUCUCUGCAUUAAGCAGGGCUGGAGGGAAAGCUUUCAGUAACAUGGCUGUAGGAUACAACAAUGUUGACGUUGAAGCUGCUAACAAGUACGGUGUUGCUGUUGGAAACACACCUGGAGUACUGACCGAGACUACAGCAGAGUUAGCAGCUUCACUUUCUUUAGCAGCAGCGAGAAGGAUUGUGGAGGCAGAUGAGUUCAUGAGAGCUGGCAAAUAUGAAGGAUGGCUUCCACAUUUGUUUGUGGGGAACUUGCUUAAAGGACAAACUGUUGGUGUAAUAGGGGCUGGUCGUAUUGGAUCUGCUUAUGCUAGAAUGAUGAUUGAAGGCUUCAAGAUGAACUUGAUCUACUACGACCUGUACCAAGCUACUCGUCUAGAAAAAUUUGUGACAGCCUAUGGUCAGUUCCUUAAAGCCAGUGGUGAACAGCCUGUGACAUGGAAAAGAGCUGCAUCCAUGGAGGAGGUGCUCCGAGAGGCUGAUGUGAUAAGUCUACAUCCAAUCCUUGAUAAAACAACGUACCACCUUGUAAACAAAGAACGGCUUGCAAUGAUGAAGAAGGAAGCAAUACUUGUGAACUGUAGUAGGGGGCCUGUGGUUGAUGAGGUAGCUCUUGUUGAGCAUCUGAGGGAAAAUCCCAUGUUCCGUGUUGGCCUUGAUGUCUUUGAGGAUGAGCCCUACAUGAAACCUGGUCUUGCGGACAUGAAGAACGCCGUUGUGGUACCCCACAUAGCUUCUGCAUCUAAGUGGACUCGUGAGGGAAUGGCUACACUAGCUGCUCUGAAUGUCCUGGGAAAAAUUAAAGGCUACCCAGUUUGGGGUAAUCCAAACAGUGUAGAUGCAUUCUUAAAUGAGAAUUCUCAACCUCCUGCUGCAUGUCCAAGCAUUGUUAACUCGAAAACUUUAGGCUUACCUGUUUCAAAGCUGUGAGCUUGGACUGUUGAAAUGAUCAACAUAUGCCAGAUUAUUGGAAAUUUUAGACUUGGAGAUGUCUAUUUCAAGCUUGGAAAGGAGUUGAUAGCAAGGCUAUCAUGUAUCACUCAUUUGUCUAUAUGGAUUACUUGAUUUGCUAUAAUUAGGACACACGUUUUACACAUAAACUCUGAUUUCUAAGACUCUUUUCUUGAUUUGAUAUCUAUGAAACAAUCUUUACUGCGUUGAGGUUAACAUAA